GCAGUGGCGGCGGCAGUACGACUCUCUUGUUUAUUUUUUUCUUUUUUUGAAAAGCCCAACACACCCAGGCGACGGGAUGGAGCCAGAGAGAGAGAGAGAGAGAGAGAAAGUUAUCUAAUGACGAUGCCGCUGGUGAUGCUGGUGCAGUCGCCGCUUCGCCUCAGUCGUACGUGCGGCACCCGAGAAAACACACUGCCGGGAUCGGAGUUCCAGCAGGCACCAGGCACAGAGCAUUGGGACGAUAUCUUUCGUUUGAUUUAUUCGCUGAAAUUUUGAACAAAUAAGCAACAUAAAUCAUGAAGCUCGAGUUUUCAAUAGCCGCGCUAUUAUUACUCGUUGUGGCGAGCAGCAGAGAAGCGGAUUCUAGAGAAAUCACGCACGAGGACAUUAAAGACGCGAUGCUGAGUCUGGUGCACAUGAUGCGGGAUAACACGGAGAAGCUGGAGAGACACGAGGCGCGGGACCGACAGACGGCCGAGCAGCUCAAGAAGGCAAUUUCCCUCCUCACCAAGCGCAUGUCCACCAUCGACGGCCUCAAGACCUACUUCGUAAAGCUCGACGAGAGGGUGUCCGGCAUCGAGCAGCUGAUCACCCAGAAGGACGAGCGCGAGCGCACGCAGAUCCAGAAGAUAGCGGACACGCUGGAGGACCUGGAGAGCAGACUCGAGGGCUGGGCGACGGAGAUCGAGACGAAGGUCGUGGAGGGUACGAGCCGCUUGAGCAGUGCCGCGGCCGAGGACAAAUCACCGGAGACGAUCUCGAGGAUCGAGGCAGCGACAGCGGGACUAGCCGAGCGCAUCGUUAAGCUGGACGACGGCCUUGACGCGAGGCUGAAACUCGCCGCCGAGAAAGCCAGCUCGCGUGACUCUAUGGGCUUCGUCCUCGAUGAGUCAAAGUUUCUUUAUGGCUAUAAAUUGACGAUUAUCGGUAAUAUCGGAUUUUAUGUCAGGGUCGCUGAGCUCCAAACAAUGCACAACGAGACGCAAAUGUUUUUGCAAGAGACUAAGCACGCUUUGAAAGAUGCAAUCGUACAAGGAAACGAAGGCAUCGAAUUGAAAAUGGCAGAAAAUAAAGAAGAAACACGAGAUUCGAUCACUUCGUUGAGGUCCGAUCUCACGAAUAACGCCGAGCGAAUAAAUCAAGAACUGCAUGAUCUCGGCAAAGGCCAAUCCGUCAUGGUGGAAAUGGCGGAUCACGUACUGGAUACGAAAAAGAGGCUCGAGCAUGCCUACAAGAUACUGCGCGAGGUCGGUGAGCUCGUGAUGGCGCAAGGAUUGAACAUCAAUCACACGCUCAACUCGCGAUUCGACGGAAUCUCAAAUGACAUAAUGGACAAUCAGAAUGGUGCCUUAGCUAACUUAACCGUUAAAAUGGAGCAAGAGAUGAAUCAGGUCUGGCGACAGAUAAACGUCAUGUACCAGCAAAUGAUGGAGAGUGCCAAAGCUCUGGACAAGCUUCAUAAGCAAAACGAAGCCUACGUCAAUGGAACAACGUCGACGAUGGACGGCAUGGAAAGCAAGGUCGGGGAAAUAACGAAGCGCAUGAGCGAGGUCGACACGAAUCUAAAUUACCUGCUUGGUCGGCUAUCCCUCGUCACCCAGGAAUUCAACCAGAUCAAACAAGGAUUGGGGGCCGCUCUAGAUAAUAUAAAAGCCUCUUUCAAGGAGGUCCAAGAGAGGGCUAAUGACUUGAGUGGCAACCCGGGCCCUCACCCGGUGCCCGACAACUAUAAGGAGCCGACGGAUUCCUCGAGCGAACCCGUACUCAACAUGACCUCGACCCGACGCUAAUUGCUCUACAUCCGUUACAGUGUACAGCUCUGUACGUUAAGUAAUCUGAUGCCGAGGAUAGGGGCAUCGUUUUUUUUUUUUUUUUUUUUUUUUUUUUUUAUGUUGAAAAUUUGAUGCUUUUAUGUAGCGUAGAUUUGACGAUCGAGUACUAUUGUACUUUGAUAUGGUGAUAGAGAAACGCGUAUCGGUAAGGCCUGAUUUAUACUCGAAACUGUUAGAUCAUUAAUUAUUAAUAUUUCAAAACGAUGCUGCGCGUAAUAUGCUAGAGCUUUUUAUAACGCAAAUGACCAAUUGUUGCGUUAUAAAUGUAAAAUAAUUAUAAAGCAUCGAUGAAUAGAAUGAUUUUUUAAGCUUUUUUUAAUUUCCAGAAAAUUGUCAAAGGCGUGCUUGAGAUUUUUUGGUUAGCGUAAAUGAAUUUGUUCGAUCGAUCAGAAGGAAAGAAUUAUAAUUAAUUGAAUAGUUACGUAC